AUGCUCAGCGCAGCUCGCCGCACAAGCUGCGCCUUCAUUCGCAACCCCCGAACACCCGCCACGCUCUCUCGAACCAUUGCAUUCUCCCACCCACGACCAUUGCAACACUUGCCGAAAACAAAAGCUUCGAACCUGUACAGCGAACCUCGAUCUUCACCAUCUCCCAUCCUCCGCCAUGUCCCUAGCUUCUCGCAUCAAACGCGAUCCCUCUCCUACCUCGACCGCACUCGGCUCGGCCUCAAACAAGCAUCAAAGGGGAUAUGGCGCAAGUAUCCAUUUUUGCUGCCUUUCGCGAUCCUCGGAGUUAUUGGAUCCACUCUAGCCUUCGCAUACAUUGUCUACGUCGAACUGUUCCACAACGCACCUCAGUACCACAAAUUCCCUCUGGAGGUCGUGAAGCCUCUGCGCAAGGCGGUAUACUACACUGAUGUGAUGCUCCAGCCGCAACUUGCGGUCAAAUAUUAUAAAGAGGCCUUGAAAGCCGCGGCUGCAGUUGGCAUGGAUCCGUUCUCCGAUGAGGUGAUCGGGAUCAAAUUACAGGUAGCGGAUGUGCUGGAGCGCUCCGGCAACGUGAAACCGGCAAUCAAUGUGUUCGAGAUGACUAAGAAGGAGAUGGUGGAGUGGGUUCAAAAGGGGCGGGAGAACGCAGCGGAGAGGCAGAAGUUACUAGAUGAGCAGAUGAAGAUGGUCGAGAAGGAAUCGAAGAGCCACGCCAAACUAGACACGAAACUUGAAAUCAACAACCCCCAGAUCCUCGAUACGUUUGAGCAGAUUCAAGCGGGUGAAGAGAAUCUCAAGCAACAACAAGACAAGUGCAUCAAGAAAGCUGUUGGGAUCUCACUGAAGCUCGCAGACCUCUACGACAGCGACCACAUGCAGGAUUCAAAGAAGUCGGAGGAAGCCGCCGAAGCCGCCGUCGAUCUGAGUAUGAAAGAGCUUCAAUACCGGGAGAACGCCGGGCUACCCGUCUGCAAGGCCGAUCCCGACGCGGAAGAACAUAAAACGCCCUAUAUAACCCAACGAGAGGCCGCAAUGGCCCUUUCCAGCUUAGCCCAGAUAUACCGGAACCGUGACGAAUCAGGGCUUGCCGUCGCGUGCUACAUGCGUGCUUUGGAUCUGCUGCGCGCGGAGGAAGGCCCUGUACCGACCUGCAGCCAGGCGCGAAUGAUAGGCGAUAUUGCGAGCAUACUCACGAUGCAGUCUGUUAAAGCCGCAGCUGCUGUGCAGUCUAUGGGGCCGACGAAGAACGAGGGCUCCGAGGCUGCGCGCGACCACUUGAUCAAGCAUGCAGAAGAGUGGGCAAUGAGGGGUGAUGAAGUGCAGAGUAAAGUCCCUGCAAACAAGAGGAAUGAACAUUGCAAAGAAGCCUGUAUGACUGCAAAGUAUAUGCUGGGCCAUCUUGCACAAGUCCAGGGCAAUUUGGAAGAGGCUGAAAAACACUUCAGAACGGCACUAGCUGUUGCUAAUGAGCUAGACGAGCCCAGGGCCCGGGAGGCCAUGAUUGAGCAUAUGGAAAAGAAUAUCCGGGGAGUGUCCAAGAAAAAAUAG